AUGGCUCCCCCAAGUGAAGAUACCUUCACCAAGGUCUCCACGGAUGCGGCCACUGAGUUCGUCCAGUCGUUUUAUCCUGCUCUUCAGUCAAACCGCGCCGUGAUCGCAUCAUUCUAUAGCACUCCCACCUCUACCAUCCUGUUCAACGGAAACGCGGUUGCCGAUGGAAAUGCAGUUCAAGACAUAUUUGUCAACCAGAUGCCACCGACGCAUUACGAGGUGCAGUCCUUUGAUUGUCAAAUAAUCAACAAAUCAUACCCUACCCCAACUCCGAGCGGCGUGAAGCUCCCCAACCAAAUCACCACAAAGGAUAUCUCGAUUUUGGUAAUUGUCAGUGGUUUUGUCCGCUUCGGAGAGUCGCGAGAUCUCCCACAGCGCGGUUUCAGCGAAACCUUCGUGCUGGUACCAUAUUCCUCCGCCGACGGACCAAAAGGCAAGCGCAAGCAACGGGACUGGCUCAUCCAAACACAAAACUUCCGCCUGGUUGUUUGA